ACAACGUCGAGACUCUCGAUUCAAGCCAAUACCAACGAAAAAAAAAAAAAAGAAGAGAAAGGAAAAGGAAAAUAAGAUUCAUGAUCCUUCCUCCUCAUCACAGAGUGGAGCGAAGCCUACCUCCCUUCAUCUUCUUGUUCCUAUAAAAUUUUGCUUUCCUAUAGAAGAUCCCGCGAUGCUUCUAUUCUGCCCAAACUGCGCCAACAUCCUCACCGUAUCGUCGGUGGCCUCAGUGCGCAACCGGCUGGAGUGCCGCACGUGUCCUUUCGAGUACCCCAUCACGGCGCCCAUCUACUCGCGGCGCCACUUCGAGCGCAAGGAGAGGGAUAUCGUCUUCGGCGGACCGGGCGAGUGGGACAACGCCGAUAAGACGCGCGCGCAGUGUCCCCGGGACGGUUGCGACGGCGACGAGGCCGCUUUUUUCCAGGUGCAGAUCCGGUCGGCCGACGAGCCCAUGACGACGUUCCUCAAGUGCAUGACGUGUGGCCACCGGUGGAGAGAAAACUGAACGGAGAAGAGUGGGAGAGGGAGAGCAGCAAGGGGGCUUUUGUCCGCGUCCACUCUUUUCUGGCUGUAUGCUUAAUUGGUUUGGUUUAUUUUAUCGCAUUGGCAAGGUGUUAAGGUGGGGGGAAAAAAUUAGAAAGAAGAAGAAAGGGUAUCAUCGGUGAAUGGGGGGGAAAAAGAAAAAGAAAUAAAACUAAGAAAAACGCCC